AUCUACCAACAAAUUUAAGAGAAAGUAAAUCAGUCUGUGUACUUAUUUACUUAGCAUUUUAUUAUAAUUCUUAUGAGAGUGUUACAGCCGUAACGUACGAAUUGCAGCCGCAAUAACAAUUUUUUGUUAUACAAUUAUUGGAAUUGUAUGCCUUUUCUGGAAAGUUGAUCUAUAAAAUUACUGCCGCCGUAUGUCUUCCGAUCCCCGUCGAAGUGGUCGAUUAAAUAAGAUGUCUCAAGAGAAGACCCUAAGAACACGUGAAGCCAGCGUUGAUCCACCUGCCGCUAGUACAGAUAAUGCCGAGUCGUCACAUAGUGAAGAUGAUCAUGAAAAGACUGUUGUACAAAGCGAUGCCAUUGCGGAAAUGAGAGAAGAAAUUCGAAUAUUAAAAAUGUCGUUGGAAAUGUUCAUGAAAAAUUCUGCCUCUCAACCAUCGUACAAAGCCCCUACACCAAAUUUUCUCCCAGGAACGAGUACAGACUUACCUCACUCAAACACAACGCCUACAUCAUCUUCGACGUAUCCUGCCACAAACCAUAAGAUAAGUAUACCAAUUUCUGAAUUUAAUUCAAACUAUAUCACGAGUAUCUGUAUGCCACAGCCAUUGCCAGCGCAAAACACACAUAUACCACCAUCGCCUCAGUAUACCUUUACGCUGUCUCAUCACACAGCAUAUAUGUCGCCUCAUUUAACGCAGCCUUUACCGUCUACUAUGUCACGUCCAACAACAUCAAAUCCUUUGAAUGCUCUAGGAGUUACAACUACACCAUUGCCUGCGGAUCAGCCUACUCUGCACCCUUUUCGUAAAUUGUAUGACCUGCCUGAAUUUAGUGGACAGCCGGAACAAUGGCCAAUGUUUGCCGUGUCUUAUAGGGAAACUACUCAGCACUACAAUUAUACCAAAUUGGAAAAUUUGUUCCGUUUGCAAAAGGCCUUAAAGGGUAAUGCCAAGGCAAAAGUGGAAGCUUACCUUAUUCACCCCGAAAGUGUAGAUCAGGUGAUGAAUACUCUUGAAUUUUAUUAUGGCCGUCCACAUAUUAUGAUUCGUAGUCAAAUUGCUAAAGUAAGAGCAUUCCCUGCCAUUUCGGGAAGAAAAAUAUCGGAUAUUGUAAAUUUUUCUUCCAUGGUCGCGAAUCUUACCAUAUUUUUAGAGAAUGCUGGAGCCACACAACAUCUGUUAAAUCCGACAUUACUCGAAGAACUCGUAAAUAAGUUACCUCUUACAAGGCGUGAGGAAUGGGUGAAAUAUUCAUUGCACAACUUGGGCCAAUACCCAACAGUAAGACAGUUUAGUGAGUGGCUGCAUAAUAUUGCUACUUACAUAUCAAUGGCAACCGAAAUGGAUCCGAGUAGCGAUGAAGUUGUGAAGAACAAAGUAAACAAAUUUAAGCCAGCACUAGCUAUCACAGUCGACGACCGCAGUCAGUUAGGAUGCCUGAUGUGCCAUGUUAAUCAUCAUCUUAGCCAAUGUACAAAAUUUAGGAAUAUGUCUACAGCACAAAGAUGGAAAUUUGUGAAAGAGAACCGGUUGUGUUUUGGUUGCUUAUUACCUGGUCACAGUUCCUUUCAAUGCAAAUCUCGCCGUCGAUGUUGUAUAUCAGAAUCUGGCAGAUAUCAUAAUCGUUUGCUUCACGAAAAAGGGAUCAAAACAAAUCACAAUAAUAAUAAGACAAAUAAGCAAUCGAUUACAGCUGUUAGUGGUGAUACAGCAGAAACACCCGAACAGAAGAAAACGUUAUUUAAGUAUUUGCCAGUACGAUUGAGGGGUCCAAAUGGUAGCGUAGAUAUAGUAACUUUUAUUGAUGAUGGAUCGAAAGUUUGCUAAGGAAAUUGGUUUAGAGGGACCAACCACUAAUUUAUCGCUGGGAUGGAUAGGUGGAAAAAGGUCAAACGAGAUGUCAAUGAAAGUAGAAUUUGAAAUUUGUAAUGUUAAUGAUAACAAUAGUAGCUUUCAUAUGAAGAAUGUUAGAACAACAAAGCAUUUAAAAUUGCCGCCACAAAUAUUACAACUUCAAGCAUUUAAAGAGAAGUUUUCCAAACUUAAAGAAUUUGUCAUUGAUGAAUAUUAUGAAAUAAUACCGAAGUUGCUCAUUGGUUUGCCUCACGUAAGACUGGUUCGUCCUCAACGGCUGAUAAAUUUGGACGAAAGUUUUUCUUUACAUAGAACAGUUUUGGGAGAUAUUCUGUUUGGUUCCAAUGAGGAUAGCAUUGAAUCCAAUCAUGUGUUUCUGAUUGAAUGUGACACUAUGGAUGACAUCAGACAACAGGUGUCAAAAUAUUUUACAUUAGAAAGUUUUGGGAUGAAACCAGUAAAUCCUAUUAUUUCUAAUGAUGAUUUGAGACCCGAAAAAAUAUUGAAGGAUACCACUGUUCUGAAAGGACUAGAAUAUGAAACUGGUCUGGAGACUGGAUAAAUAUAAUUUUAAGGACACUUAUUCACUAGCCUAUAAACGUUUACUAGGUGCCGAAUGUAAGAUGAAAAAAGAUAAUGAUCUGGCUGAAUGGUAUAAAAAUAAGAUAGAAGAAUAUGUAUUAAAAGGGUAUUCCAGAAAAUUAUCAGAGGAAGAAGUCUCCAUUGAAACAUAUCGCACAUGGUAUUUGCCCCAUUUCGUAAUUACAAACGUUAAUAAAGGUAAUAAGAGACGACUGGUCUUUGAUGCAGCGGCUAUAGCAGAAGGUGUAUCAUUUAACUCGAGAUUGCUAAAAGGUCCAGCUACAUAUCAACCCAAGCCGUUACUUUCAAUUUUGUUUAAGUUUCGUCAGAGGAAGAUUAGAGUUUGUGGCGACAUACGUGAGAUGUUUCACCGUGUACUUAUCCGCAAAGAAAAAACGGAUGCCAGAGCCUAUAAAGCAAUUGUAGACUGCCACUAUGUUGACAACUAUGUUGAUAGUUUCGACACAAUUGAUGAGGCUAUUUCCGUCACUAGAUGUGUAAUAAAUAUUCACCAAAAAGCCAAUUUUGAGAUAAGAGGAUUUGUCUCUAAUUCACUGGAGUUUUGUCGUUCUAUAGAAGGACCAGAUUACACAUAAUGAUGACACAUUUUGUUUUAUUUUAAAAUUCUCAACAGUUCCUGAAGCGGUGUUAAAUGGCAGUCGAAAACCUAGUAAACGUGAAGUACUUAGUUUGGUUAUGUCAAUAUUCUAUCCGUUUGGCUUCUUAGCAAACAUUGUUAUAAGGUCCAAAAUAAUAUUACAAGAAUUAUGGAUCUCUAAUGUUGACUGGAGCUCCCCUAUUCCGGAAAAAAUAUAUAAAAAAUGGCAUGAAUGGUACCAUGAACUUAAGAAUGUGCGCAAUAUUAGGAUCUCUAGCUGUUAUGGAGCAAUGUUUUCCGAUCCCGCAACUGCAAUCGAACUUCAUAUUUUCGUGGAUGCAAGCGAAGUCGCUUUUGCUGCUGUUGGUUAUUGGAGAAUGCGGUUAUUAGAUAGUGUUGAGGUGAUAUUUGUUGCUGGGAAGUCUAAGUGUGCCCCUAUAAAACCCCUUUCGAUCCCAAGACUGGAACUACAAGCUGCAGUACUUGGUGUAAGACUAACAAUAACAUUUUGGUCAGAUUCGAGAACAGUGGUGAAGUGGAUUCAGUCAGAUUACCGCGUUUAUAAACAAUUUGUCUCUCAUCGGAUUGCGGAAAUUUUAGAGCAAUCAGAGGUCGACCAAUGGAGAUGGGUUCCUGGGUCCCAAAACCCUGCUGAUGAUGCGACAAGGCCCCAAUAUUUUUCAGGAAAUGUACAGGAAUCUCGAUGGUUAAACGGUCCGUCUUUUUUAAAAUAUGAUGAAACUAAGUGGCCAAAAUUAAGUGGAGAAGCCGAUAAACAAAUAUAUGAAUCUGAGGUGCGAACAAAGUUUUUAUUGUUUAUGGCUGAAGCUCACCCCUUAAUACCGUAUGGAGAAAAAUCUAAGUACUACAAGCUACUGAGAAUAAUGUGUUGGUUUGUUCGGGCCGUUCAAACAUUUAAAUGUUUUGUUACACAUCAAGAUAAAUCUACUUUGAAUUUUAAGCCAUAUAUUACUAUUCAGAAAAUAAAAGAAGCUGAAAUAUUUUGCUGUCAAAUAGCACAGCGAGAAGUUUUCGGAAAUGAGUAUAACGUACUGAAAGCUGGCAAACCUAUAUGCAAAAAGAGCAGUAUAUAUAAUUUGAACCCGUGUAUUAAAGAUGAUGGUUUAUUGCGAAUUUCAGGUCGUAUUAGUAAAGCGACAUGUGUUGGUCUAUCCACUAGAGAGCCCAUUAUUAUGCCCAAGAAUCAUUUGAUCACCAGAUUAAUAGUAAAACAAUUUCAUGGUAAUUUUGUACACCAAAAUCAGGAGGCUAUUUGUGCUGCAAUUCGUAGCAAGUUUUGGAUUCCCAGUUUAAGGCAAUUAGUCAGAAAUGUCAAGAAAAACUGCCAGGAGUGUAAAAAUAGAUCUGCAGCCCCCAAACAUCCAUUAAUGGGUCAAUUGCCCCGUUUUUGGCAUUCCGAUAAGAAUAAGAAGCGAUAGAGGUACCAAUUUCGUUGGAGCCAGUAAAGAAGACUUCGUGAAAAUUGAAACGGAGUUGGGUGAUACGCGUCGAGGCAUUGAAUGGGUAUUUAAUACCCCGGCUGAUCCCUCAGCAGGUGGUGUCUGGGAAAGGAUGGUCCGCUCAGUGAAGAAUGUGUUGUCGUUCACUCUAAAGGAAAAAUCGCCACAACUUGAUACAUUGAAUAGCCUAUUAAUUGAAAUGGACUCACGUCCAUUGACGCAUCUACCUAUUGACAGCUCAGAUAGUGAACCGCUUACUCCGAAUAAUUUUUUGAUCGGAUCUCCUAACAUUGUGCAAACCCCUGCAGUGGACGAGAAGGUUUGUCUCCGGAAGCAGUGGCAAAUUUUACAGCAGCUUAAACAGACAUUCUGGAAGAGAUGGGUUCUGGAAUAUUUUCCCGAUUUAACAAGGCGUACAAAAUGGUAUCAACCAGUAAAACCAUUGCAAGUAGGCGAUGUUGUGAUUAUAUGCGAUAAGACCGAGGAACGUGGCAAAUGGAAGCGUGGCGUGAUAGAGGAAGUCAGUACAGCGGCUGAUGGGCAAGUUCGAUCAGCGAUGGUUAAAACUUCAAAUGGAAGAUUACGACGUCCUGCUUCAAAACUAGCCGUGCUCGAUGUGGUGUGAGUCUCCCUGAUCGACUCACGGGCGGUGGAUUGUUAUGAAUUAAAUGUGAUCUGAAUGCAUUUUAAGUAUAUUUAACUGAAAUAAUUAGUUUUAUUAUCGUAUUUUUAAAAUUGGUGAAUUUGAAUAUUUGUAUAUGUAAACAUUGUCAUGUUAGUUAUUUACACGUCUAGUGUUUUCGUUUUAUUUUACCAUUUACACGUCUAGUGUUACCAUCUUUAUACAUUAAUUACUUGUAAAGUGUAAACCAUGUCUUCAGUUACAUUUUGAUAUUACAUUGCAACAUUGUUACUUUGAUACAACGAUUCGACUGCGAACAUUCUUUCUAGAAAAUUCGCCAGGAAAAUAGAAUUGUGUUCUGUUGCAAAUGGAACUCUGGAAAAUGUGCAACUACUGAUACGGAAAUACGAUAUUAUGCCACUUUUAAGAAGAGAACUUUCACAAACUCCAAAAAACAAAUACAGCGUGGAAAUAUGUUUAAGAACCUUAUGUUCGAUAUUCCGGCAGUUUCCAUUAACGAUUUCAACAUUUUUUGAUGACACCUGUACUUUACCAAACUUUUUAAUUUUCAAGGACGGACAUUGUUGGACACACUUAAUUCAUUUAUUUCACGGUCAUUUUCUGCGGAAAUACAACUAUGUGCUGCGAAAUGUAUUACGUAUAUAUACAGAUCCGGAACUCUACUUUCGUCUGACUUUAGGAUAUUACAUAGAACUCUUCCUUGUUUAAUUCGUUUGUGUUCCGAGAAUUUUAAAUGUUCUAUUAGGGCUUCUGCAGCUGAAACUUUGUCAUAUUUGAUUGAGAUCGAUGCAGAACUCCAGAAGACAGCUGCAAUUUGUAACCACUUAUUACGAUCAUUAUUUCAACUUAUUAAAAUAAAUAAUGCGGAAACGAAGCUCGCAGCUUUAAAAUGCUUGGCCGCCUUAGGAGCAAAUGAUGAAUCUAUUCGAAAGCGAAUUGUCAAUACAAAUAAUUUAAUAAAUGAUAUAAUGGAAAAUUUGAACAGCUGGGAAAUUCAGGACCACACCAUUUGGGAACCACUACUUGAUAUUAUAAAUAAUGAUCCUUCUAUAGAGCUUCUUGUUGUAGUAAUUGCCACGCUUUGCAAUCUUCUUCUUGAAUUUUCUCCAGCAAAAAUGGAACUUAUUA